AUGCUUCAUCAUCAUUCAGAUGAAACUCAUAUCGAAUGGAACUCUUUGUUUUCUGCUCCCUUAAACCCAUCAGUCUUUGCAACUUUGGCAGCUAAUGGCGUAUUUCCAGUACCACAACGCUCUAAUGUCGGUUUACCACCAUCCCUAUGGAUGUCUCCCGCUUCAACGACUCCCUCCACUCCCUUGUACUCCCCUUUAACUCAGCUCACGAUACCCUCACACCCAGAACCUUCCCCCCUCUCCUCAAACAAACUUUCCUCUCCCUCAGAGACAAUCGAAUCAAAAUCCGCAAUAUUCAGCGAUAUUUUUUCAGAUGACCUCUUUGGUUCCCCCAAUCAGGACCAUGUCCCGAGCCCCUUCACCUCUCCUAGACUUUCUGGUUCACCAGACCUAGAUUCUCCCUUUGACGAAAGCGAUCCAGAAAAACUCGCAAAGCAAGAUCCCCUUGCAACUCAAGUAUGGAAGAUGUACGCCAGGCAAAAAGCAAAUCUACCCCACGCUCAGAGAAUGGAGAACAUCACCUGGAGAAUGAUGGCACUCGCUUUAAAGAAGAAGAAAGAGGAAGAGGAAGCAGCAAAUGCCAACUCAGAAAUUAAAUCAGAAACGGUUCCAACUCCCAUCCCUGACCCUGAUGAAGGAAGAGGUCGCAGGAUUGACAAGGGAAAAGCAAAGGUCCAAAUCGUCGGUGUCGUAGCUAUGGACUGGCGUGCCAUGAGCAGAUCACGCUCUCGCAUAUCAAUGGACUGGAGACCUCAAUCUCGUUCUCGUUCAAGGCCACCCCAGUCCGCAGCAGUCUUUGAUCAUCAUGGUAUCAUAUCUCCCCAAACUGAUUCCCGAUAUCAUUUUCCCUCCCACCCAACCAACGGCGACAGGGACAGACGGAAUAGCUACUCAAAUAGGGAACCACAUCUCGAAUCUCUUGCUGCCUCCCCCAGUAUUCCAAUACCUGGAGCCUCUACUCAUCGUUCUUAUCCGGGGUCUUCUUCGGCACCCCGUUCUGGACUUUCUGGCACCCUCCCAGCCGUUUAUGAAGGUCAAGUCGACCACGAUACGCUCUCUUUCACUCACGCACUCCAUCACGACCAACACAUCGGUCAGCUCAACCACUCCCUCUCUGCCCUCAAUACCCCCGCUUUCCACCCGUCCUCGCUCCCCUCUUUCGGUUUCCACGGAGGUUCGAAACUGCUCCCAGAUCAGUCACCCAAAGCACGUGCCUUCCCUAGACACGUGCGAAAAACGAGCUUCGAUCAUACUGUCAAGCGGGAGGCUCUAUUUACAGGUGUCAGCGGCAGACAUCAGGUCAAUGGCAAGCCCUUGUCACCCGAUAGUUUAAUUGGGCAGAAGCGGAGAGCAGACGCACCUCAUGCAGAGAGCAUGCUACGCGCAGAUCCCUCCAACGUAGACGGAAAUCCCCGCACUACUCAGGAGCCAGAUCAGUACGUGAGCACCAGUCCCUUCCCUUCCACCCCUUUCAACUUCUGCUUCCCGCGGGACUAUGGGAUGUUUGAUAUGCACGGUGGCUCACACAACGAAUUCUCGCAUAUGCUCCACGCCACAGACGAUUCUCAUUCGUCGUUCCAUGAUUCUGUUUCACAUCAUCUCAAUGGUUCUGCAUAUGGGUCUGCUUCUGGCGUCAACGAGGGACUCUCGGCUGCCGCCGCGGCUGCAAGUGCUGUGAUGGCCGAAGGAUACCGGAAUCUCAGCGCCGCUGCCAAUUUCCCGUCAGACGACUACAGCCAUCUACUUGGACUUCCGUAUGGAAACAUCGAUUCGAGCGUCAAUCUCGCACAAGGCCCAUAUACGGUUGAUCCCACACAGAUUCUUCCAGUAGAGCAUGGCGACGGGGUCUUACAAAGCUACCAUGCUAGUCCAUCAAGUGACGGAUGGGGCAAUGGCCUUACGUCCAGCUCGACCGCAUCCCCUGAACCAUAUUUAACCUCGAGCGCUUCUUCACCUCCAUCUGUUGAAGGAGCCACCACGGGCACCAACUCACGGAAUCAGAUGCGGAAGAUUGCGUCUACGAAACGUAUCGCCCAGGAAAUCAGGCGCAAGAAGUCAGUUUCUGCAUUGAGCCCCACAAUUGGGACCGUAUCGCGAUCAGCGACGAGUACCCCUGAUCUGAGUACGAGAGAUGGGAGCGCUGGUAAUCCGAAAGGCGGUAGUGAUGAUGGGGAUCAACCGCCCACAUCAUGUACAAACUGCCAAACUACGAAUACGCCACUGUGGAGACGCGAUCCCGAAGGACAGCCUUUAUGCAAUGCAUGCGGAUUAUUUUUUAAACUGCAUGGUGUCGUUCGUCCGCUGUCGUUGAAGACGGACGUCAUUAAGAAACGGAACCGGGCUUCUGGUGCUCCUAACGGAAAUGCACGAAAAGGGGGCGCUGGAUUGCCCAAACUUGCAUCAUCGAAUACUCGGCCCCGCGCAUCGACAACUAGCACGGUGCCAACUUCAUUCACGAAUGGACGAGGAGUGACGACUGCGAAUAGAGUGGGGCUGGGCCCAUCUCCCCCCGUCGCGAUGAAGAGACAACGUCGGACAUCCGCGAGUGGGCAGAUGCUUAGUGGUCCUACGACGUCUCGGAGGGGUGACGAGGGUGCUUCCAAAGACAUUAAAGAUUCCCGCCGUAUCUCCCGCACCGAUCUCGAUUUCGAACAAGCACUAAGGCAUGGGGGCACGGUGAAGCUUAAAGAGAGCCUUGAUAUCAAUACCCUGGGCGUAUCUGACAGCCCUGUUCCUCCUGCGCACGAAUUCGCUUCGCCUUCAUCCCGACCUCCAUCAAGAGAAUUGCGGACUCCGCUGGCUCGCGCACACGCCCAUGCACCACCUACGCCCGUCAUCGUCCCACCCACCCCAUCCCCAAUCCCCGGACCCUCCUCCGCAAGAUGUUCCUCCACGACCAGCUCCAACGACAUUUUCUACGACGCCGAAGACGCUGAUAUGCAAACUAGGAGACGAAGCUUGUACCGUGCGUCUGGUACGAGCAGCAGUCCCGACCUUGCUACGCUCGUGCGGAAGGCAAAAGAGAGGGGAGGGGUAGUUCCGCAGGUUGAAAAACGCGCAGAGCCGCCGUUGCCGGUGCCGGUGCAAGGAGGGGCGUCGAGACUUGGAGUUGGGCCCUCGCGUCCGAGAUCGUCGACUUCUGCGGGUUCUCCUCCUUCUGCUUCUUCGUCUUCUUCGCCUAGGAAUCCGGUGGUGAACGUGUCACCUGUUGUGACGAGGCCGUCGAAACUUGGUCUGAGGGAGUUGUCGAGUCCGAGUUCGGAGUGGACGAGCGCGUUUCUGGGUAAGAUGCUGGGUCAGUCGACAACACGGGACCGGUCGCGGACGGAUGCUUCUGUCACUGGGUCUCCGCGCUCAAGACCGUCUUUUAUGGACAAUUUUGCACCCCCUGUGCCCCCGUUACCGGACGAAGCUCCUCGCUCUGUGGUAUCCCCCACCCCUGGUAUGUUUGCGAACACCUAUUCGACCUCUACACAUCAUAAACCCCUACCUCCGAUCCGCCUCGGUCCAGCCACUGAUGAUUCAGACGAUCGGUCUAUUGUCGUAAUUGAUUCCAUGUCACAAACACGAGAUAGAACGCUGUCUCCUGGCACGCGUCUUAGCGACAAACCCAAGCCAGAGGGCAGGUUUAUUAGUCAUAACAAGCGACGAAGCAUGAGCGUGAACGACAUAAAUUUACAAAAAAUAAACGUUCCUUCCUCGCCUGCACCCACACUUCCUCCCAAGGACUCUUCCCCUACGGAGUUCCAGGCUUGGGAAUCUUCUUCCUCACUUCACGGGAUUCUUAGUGAUUUGAAGGGUGUUUUGUCUCAACUGGAUCCGGAGUCUGGUUCAUCGCUUGACUUGCGAGAUCCCUCUACACCAGCAAGACGUGCUGCUUAUUCGCGGGCGAAGACUCAGACUUCUGAGUUUAGGUAUCAGGGGGAUCCUUCCAGAUCUCCGGUAUUGCCCCCUGUUCCGCCGUCUACUCCCAUUGAUACGGAUGAAGAGAGGGGCAAGGAUUUGGCUGCGAAGUGCUAUACCGAGGAUGAGGAUUUCGUGGCCAAGGAGAAGAUUGCGGAGUGGUUAGGCGGAAAUGGGCAAGUCAACAAGAUAGCGCUCCAUCACUACAUGAACUACUUUGACUUUACGGGGCUGAGGCUUGAUAAUGCAUUUAGACGUCUUUGUAACAAGUUGUAUCUAAAGGCUGAGACCCAACAAGUGGAUCGCAUUCUUGAAGAGCUCAGUCGACGAUUCUGGGAUUGCAAUCCGACCCGUCUGUACGGUAGUGCCAGUGUCGUUCACGCAGUCGUCUACUCCAUCCUCCUCUUGAACACCGACCUCCACAUCGCAGAUAUUGCAAACAGGAUGUCGAAGAGUCAAUUCGUCCGCAACACGAUGAUGGCCAUUCAAACCCAGACUCACCCAAGUCACUACGGUUCGAGUCCGGAUCUGAACGAUGACAAUAGCAGCGGGCCGCUAACGGCAUCUGACGGCACCGAGACGCAGUCCCUCGCUCGGUCGAAGAGAAGUGGCAGUAUUGCAAGCUGGAACAGUAUCUCCAAAGAUACAUUCUUCGCCUCACCUGCGGUUUCUUCUGCUGUUUCGACGGCGCAGCCCUCGCUCAAUAGCAGUACUACAUCUUUCCACCAUUCCUCUGGUCCAGAAUCGAAACCUCCGAGUACUACUCCCUCGACGGUUGCGUUUGACAGGAACUGGGAGAUGGACAUGGAAAACUUGCUCAAGGUAGCUACGCUCUCUAUGGGUAAUUUCCUCACCCCUUCUCUUGGUUUCGCGUCCAAUUUGUCGCAUACGAUCAUCAGGGAAUCGCAGGAAGACGAGGACCGCAGCUGUCGCAGUCAUGAAUCUAGUUCGACAACUAUUAGUAUCACAGAUGAAGAACUUGCACUUCUCGGGGCGCCAUGGGCAAAGGAGGGGAUGCUUUGCCGCAAACAGUAUUGGGAGUCCGCGGGUAAGAGAGCAAAGGCUAAGAACUGGAUGGACGUUUUCGUAGUCAUUCAAAAAGGGGAGCUGAAUAUGUUCACAUUUGGAGACCAUGGUGGAGGGUUCUCUGCCGUCGUUGGUGGUGGUAAUUGGCUGGAAAAUGCCCAAUCCGUUGGCGCAGUGCAGCUGUCUCAUUCGCUAGCCCACUCCUUGCCUCCUCCAGGCUACAACAGACAACGUCCCCACUGUAUGGUGCUAACCUUGGCCAACGGUGGUGUAUUCUUUUUCCAAGCCGGUACAGAGGAGCUCGUCAACGAGUGGGUCUCGACUUGCAACUACUGGGCGGCACGGACCAGCAAAGAGCCAUUAGCAGGUGGCGUCUCCAACAUGGAGUAUGGCUGGAAUCGUGUCGCAGAUGCUUUGAAUGGACGCUCUACAUCGGAUGACCAUAAACCCGAACACGAUCGCGCCGAUUCAAUGAGCGUACGCAGCGGGCGGAGUACCCGAAGUAAACUCGGUUGGAAAGAGAGUGCCGCUACCGUCCGGGCUCAUUCGCCGUGGCCGGAGAGAUCGUUCAUCAAUGAUUGGAAGCCUCCUAUUCCACCCUCGAUAUCCAGCAUUCAUGACGAGGAAACCCAGCUCGAGGCACUCCAGAAAUAUGUGCAUAUGUUGAAAAAGGAUUUCAAGCAUCAUAAUGAACUGAGGGAACCAAUGAGCGCUCUGUACACACCGCGUUCAGCGAACGGAGCCAAAGCGCAAAGUAAUUGGGAGAAGAAGUCACAAUUCCUGCUCACUGAAAUCGUGAAGUACGAUUCUUACGUCGACUCACUGCAAUCCGCCAUGAAUUUGCGUCUGAAGAAGAGAGGAGAAAAGGCACUAGAACGCGCCCUGGUCGUUGCGGUACCUGAUGACAAUGACCCGGCGACAGCAUCUGGUAACUGGAGAGGCUAUUCAGAGGAAACAAUACCCGAAGACGAUGAGCCACCGGUGAGUAGAAUACCUAGAGUUUCUCCGUUCCAUCGCAGAGAGAUGGCGGAAUAA